CAGGGAGAAAAGUUUCUGCAAGCGCGAAGGAGCUGCCACCGACGCCGCCACAAAAGGCGACGAGGAUAGUUCAUGAACAGUAGAAGGAUUGAAUCUAGUCUGUGGUUUGGGAAUGCAGUGAUUUUUCUCUAUCCACUGUUGCUCCUACUUCCUUACAUACCAGUUUUACCCAUUUCAUCAUGGCACUCACUUUAUGAGAUGUCAAAGUCAGACUUAAUAGACUCUUACAGAAAAAUGCUCAUUACCUCAGGCAUUCGUGGCAAUAAUACGGAAAGCAAAAUCCCUCACACGCGAAUAGAUGAUGGAGGAGCAAUUCAGCUAAUUUAUACUUUUGGAAGGAAAUUGGGACAAGGUAGCUUUGGUGUGGUGAUUGAGGCAACACACAGAGAAACAGGCAUAAAGUGGGCGAUCAAGAAAGUUAACCGGGAAAAGGCUGGGAGUUCUGCUGUAAAACUACUUGAACGGGAAGUAAGCAUUUUGAAAACAGUCAACCAUGACCAUAUAAUACAUCUUGAAGAAGUGUUUGAGACACCAAAACGUGUGUAUCUUGUAAUGGAGUUAUGUGAGGAUGGAGAACUUAAAGAGAUUCUUCAGAGAAAAGGUCAGUUUUCAGAGAACGAGACACGGCACAUAAUUCAAAGUCUUGCAUCAGCAAUAGCAUAUCUUCACAAGAAAGAUAUUGUUCAUAGAGAUUUGAAAUUGGAAAACAUUUUAGUUAAAAGCAGUGACAUUGAUGAAGAAAAUGAAAUGAAAUUAAACAUAAAGGUGACUGAUUUUGGUUUAGCCGUACAAAAGAUGGGAGGAAGUGAAAGCAUGUUCCAGUCCACCUGUGGGACUCCUAUCUACAUGGCCCCAGAAGUGAUAAGUGCACAUGACUAUAGCCAACAGUGUGAUGUUUGGAGCAUAGGUGUCAUUAUGUAUAUGCUGUUAUGCGGUGCCGCACCUUUUAUAGCAGGCUCUGAAGAAAAACUUUUUGAAGUUAUAAAAAAAGGAGAUCUUCAAUUUAAGCACUCAGUCUGGCAAUCGGUCAGUGAAGCUGGUAAAAAUGUGUUACAGCAACUGCUGAAAGUAGACCCUGCUCACAGAUUCACUGCGAAUGAACUGCUUGACUGCCACUGGAUAACUGGUGAAACAGACGUUGUUCAGAGGCAAUUUAAUGUCCUGGAAUUGAUGAAGAAGUGGAAUAAGAGUUCCAGCACCGAGGGUGGAGAAGCAAGCAUUUCUGAAGGUGAACUAAAUGGCUCAUCAACCACUACCCAACAGGAUGAAAUCUGUAAAGGCCAAAACAGUCCUGUUAGCAGCAAUGGCAACUCAGAUCAUAAUAUUGACACAGAAACAGAAAGUGGGAGCAGCAAACCCUCAACACCAACAAAACAAACUAGCAAGAAAAAACAUACUAAUGCUUUACAAAAUGGGACAUUUAAGAAGAAAAGUUCAUCUAACAGAUCAACUUACAGUAUACAGAGUGGUGGAUCCGGGCCAUUGUCUCCAGGAUCAAUCACAAGGCGGAGUCUGGAUAAUCAAGAGAAGAAAAUGGAAACGGAAAAAUCUUCUUCAUUUUUGAGUCAGGGAUCAUCUAGCAAAAGUACAUCAAAACCAAUUGUCCCUAGUGGCCUGAACAAAACGAAAAAGAAAUCUUAAGGAGAAAGACAUCUACUCAGAUUGCAGUUCUUAUGAAGUCACUAUUGUUGGUGCCAAAAUAUGGCAAAUGUAUUGAAAGGACCAAUGUAUCCUAAAUUCUAAUUAUUAUUUUUGUUUCGAGACUUAUCAUCAUUAGAUGCAAUAGCCUCACAAUAGUCCUGUUAAAAGUGUGGAUUCCUAAGCUAUAUGACGGCAUCCACCGAUAGUAAUCUUUUCAGAGCACAGAAGUGUGUCAAAAUCUGGUUUUUAUUUAUUGUAGACUAGUGUGCAGCAUUUGGGCAAGAAACUAGUUUCUUUUAAUUCAUUGCUAUGUUUUGUUAAAGGUUUUCUAGUAUUGUCACAAAGAUUUGUGAGAGGAGGAAAUGAAAAGCCAAAUCUUUGAUGACUAAAUGAUGUGUGUUUUUGUGUCUUUGUGUUUUAAUAACUGUGCAUUUUGCACCUCUAAGAAUUUGUUAUGAGUUUGCUUAUACAUUUGUAGACAUUAUAACCCACCUACUAAAGCUAAGUGAUUUUUUUUCUGAUAUUUUAAUAUCACAAUAGUUUGUUCAAAGAAUUUAUUUUAAAUACUUUUAGGUAUUAUUAGGUAUUUUCUUACUGCUAAAUUUUUUUUCAUGCUUAAAUUAACCAGAACUUAGAGAAAUUAUUUUCACAUACUAGUUCAUCUUCAUUUGUAAAUGAAAUCUCAAUUGUGUUGUGAAAGAAAUGUUAAAUGUUGAUGUCAUAUGAUUUAAUUUAGAAAUAAUGCCUUCUUUUGUUAAAAUCCUGUUUUCACAUUAUGCUUGGAGGAAUACACGAUUUGACUGUAAAUUAUCCAGGCUGUUAGGCUAAAUAUUUCUAUUGUGGUUUGAUCCAUUUCGUUCUUUCAAAUAUGUUUAUAUUGUUUUGAAAAAUGUAAAAAAUCUGUUUUUGUCUUCCUGUAGUUUCAAGCAGUCCUACUUACACGUGUAAAGAUAAUCUGUUACCUCUGUGGGCCUGUGGCUUGUAUGGUACAGAUUGUAUGGUUUUUCCCCCUUUCCCUUUGAAGGUGACUCUUUGAGUCAGUGUUGAGGACCCAUUGUGCCAGUGGUAGGCUGCGGAUAGGUUUCUUCACCCUGGUUCCUACCAGUGUCAUAAUUGACAUAACUUGUUAUUUAAGAUGACUUUGCAAAGAUUUCUUGAGGCAUUUUAAAGUUUUUCAAGUAGUGGUACUUUGGAUGUUCUAAAUACCAUUUGUAUGUCUUAAAUAAUUCUGUAUGUGCAUUUAAAUCUUUUGACAUUUGAACUGUUUCUAAUAUGAUUGGGUAUUGAGAGAAUGCCUUUGUCUAUAUGAAAUAAAUAGAUCUAUUCGUGUUAAUUUCAUAUGAAAAAUUAAGUGCUUUUUUACAAGAAUAUAACGUUUUCAUUAAGCUGGAGAAAUAAUUGUUCAUGUGAAUGCAACAGAGCUGAAUUUUGUAACAAUUUAUGUUCAGAAGUACUUCUCUUGAACUUACACCGCCAUCCUGCGAUCCACAUUCAGGCUAUUCUCAACAAAGCCUCGUUCUGGAUAGUGGAUCUGACAGUUUCUCUAGUUUGAUAUAAAACGGGCAGAGUCUUUUAGAAAGUCCAUCCAGCUUUCUGAUUCUCCUGACAGAAGCACAAUAGGUCCUUUUUGUCCUAAAAGAGCAGAUCUAGUUAGCUAUUAACUCUCAGCGCUAGUUCUUUCCCUUUAGUGAGACAGUUGCUUGAAGGGUAUGUCAGGACUUGCUCUAUUAGAGUGGCAGAGGCAUCAUUAGCCACCCUCAGGUCAGUCCUACCUGAUCACAGCACUUGCUUAGCUGCAAACCGACUAUAUAGUGUUAAGGGUGACUUCAUUUUGUGUUCAAAUAAGUUCUUGGGUAUUGUAAAUGGAAUUUUGUAUGAGCCAAGCUGACAUAUACGAUGCCCUCUCUCUUUUGUACCAUAGGCCUGUGAAUGUGUAGAAUUUUAUGUAAACGGAGCAUAUCGGUAAAUUUCCCUCAUGAGUAGGGUGAUUUAUUUGCUUACUGUGAGUGUGCAAACAAUUGCUUGGAUGUUUCAGUAAUACAUUCAAUAAUUCAUUGCUUCCAGCAUUCUGCUUUUACCUCCCUAUCGAAGAUGGUCUCCCUUUACAAUGACUACAGUCUUGGUGUACAAGUUAGGAAGUCCAAGUUCAAAUUUCCACUUAUCUCGGAAGCUGACUGGGAUGACCUUUGCAUGUUAUUUUAUGUCUCUUGUCUCACAGGUUGUUGUUGCAGGGUCCUGGGGUGGAAGCUUGAAACCAGCUCAACUUCUGUCCCUAAAAAGUUUUUUAAAAAAAUCCCAGGACACUUUCAUAUUGUAAUGGCAUCUUGCCUAUGCUAAUGCUAGUAUAAGUGGCUUGUCAGAAACACCACUGGGAAAACUGAAGGAAAGUGCCUGAUCUGACAAAGCCUUAAUCAACAGCAGUCUGAUCCUUUAAAAAUGCAAUACGAUUUCAUUUGUUCAGCCUAUCUACAUGAAAAUUUGAUAGAUACAAUCACCUUGAAGAAUGUUUCAAAUAUUAAUGCUAUGUAGAGACACAACAGAGAACCUUUCUACUUAUGUAUAAAAGGGUCUAUGAAUAGCACAAGUAGUUUGCACAUACAGUAGUUUUGUUCUACACCAAGAUUUUAUUAAUGGAUAUUAGAUCUAUUUAAAGGAAGAACUGAAGCUGAAUUUUAUAAAGUUGCUUCUGUGUGAGAAAGUGCAUAUGUAUGAAUGCAUGCAUGAAUCUAAAUAUAGACGAGGCCACUGGAAUAUUUCUUGCUUGUCUGUGGAUGUAUGUCUGCAUAUGUACAACUUUGAAAGAGAUGCAAUUGUGAAAAUAUCAAAGAAACUGGCUAUUGAUGGUGUCUGUCACCUGUGAUUCCCCAGAGUCAAUAGCAAUUAUGUCCUAGGACUGAAUUUUGUACAUUCUGUAGUGCUUCCAUUGUAACUCACCCGUUGUUGGAAAAGCCUGUGCUCUGUUAAGCUAUGCUUUGAAUUUGGUACUGGAUAUAUCUGGACAGAAGAAAGCUAUGUGUUAAUAUGUCAACUUUCUUACUUCGCCAAUGUACAGAAAGUAGUGCUGUUUAAAAUGUCAGUUCUAAAAGUUUCUGUAGAUUUUCAUCUGACUAGAACUGACAACUGCAGAUACACAUUUUGCUACAGCAUUUUGUUCUGCUGCUGAAUGAUAAGAAUGGUGGAGAUUUACCCAGAAGGCUAUGUGACACUGCAGUGGAGGCAUGGAGACUACUACUACACCUGUGGUCUAAAAAGAUGAUGUUUUACAUGGGUAUUGCAACUAACUAUAUAUCUGUGUUUGCCUGGUGCUGAAAUAAGCAGCCCUUCAUUUCUACUGCCACUUCAUGGUGUCCUCUACUUACUUUUAAGCAGAAGAAACCUAUUCCUUUCUGCAAAGUGGUCCAUAUCACCAUUGUGUAUAUAUGCUUGAAAAUCGUGACCAGGUAAUUAUUGUGGUUCUAUAUAGCCUCAUUCUUUUCUUCCCACGAAUGUGCUUUCUAAUUAGGAAAACGAAAUUUGCAUUAGUAGAACUACUAUAAAAA